GACUCAAUUGUUGUGACUUGUGAGGCCCAACAUUCGUCUACUGCUCUACUAAAUUUAUGCUCAUUGACCAAUGCCCAUAGGUAGUUAUUACUCGUUAUUGAGACGCUCAAUCUUUUCGUAUAACCUCAUAUUUUGGGUUUCAUUUUCAUCUUUAGUGUCACAGUGGAAGUUGUAAUAAGUAAAUAUUGAAUAUAUAUAUAGUGUACUAUAGACAUUACGCAAUAGAUCUUCAAAACUCUAUUGUGCAAAUACUAUAUACUAAAAUACUGAGUAGAGUUUACGUUCAAUUAUAAUGUCGGAAAAGUUAGAACCGCGAAAAGUUUGUGAUUUGAAGGUGACUGAAUUACGUUCGGAAUUAGAAAAACGUGAUUUGGAUAAAACAGGAGUAAAAGCGAUACUUUUAGAGCGUUUGCAAAAGGCACUUCUUGAAGAAGGAGAAGAUCCAGAAAAUUGUGUUUUUGAUAAAUUUGAAUUUAAAAAUGUUAACACUGAAAAAUCAUUAAUACCAGAAAAAAAGUCUCCUAGUGUUGAAAAAAAAAAACCAGUUACUCCUACAAAAACAAUUAAGAAAAAUGUGAUUGGCAGAAGACCUGGACCAAAGUCUAAAACGUGUAUGACACAAUUAAAAGUUGAAAAAAUUACUUCAAGUAUUUCACAAAAAGAAAAUGAUGAUGUAAAUCAAGAACAAGUAGACAGUAGCAAUGUCAUUGCUAGUUCUGAGGAUUCAAAAAAAAUUUUAUUAGAUAUAAUUAAUCCUGAUGUAAUUGAUUCAAAUGAAGCAGAAGCCAAGGAAAUUGAUGCCGAUGAAGCACAACUAAAUGAGGCAGGAGUAAUAAAUGCCAUUUCAUCUCAUGAAAAUCAAACUGUAAUUGCUAUAGAUUCUGACUCAACUAGUACUCACGAAAAUACAAAAGAAUUUGAAGGUGAAAUAGAUGUUGCACAAAUCAAUCUUAAGAAUACAAACAAUUUUAUAGAUGACGUAAAAGGUAAUGAAAUAAAACAAACUAAAUGUUUGAAUAAUUUAGGUACUGAUGCAGAAGUCAAAGAAAAUAGUUCUAUAAUUAACAAUGAUAUUGAAGAACAAAAAUAUAAAAAAAAUUUCACUGGAGUAAAAGAAAUUGUACCAGAAACCAAUGAAGACGAAGAUGAUAUACAAGAUGAAGAAUUGGAUCAUGAAAUCGAUGAAGAAUUGGAUCAUGAAGUUGAUGAAGAAGAAAAAAAUUAUAGUACCAACAAUUUUAACCAAACUAAUAAUACAGAAAAAUCUACUCAGGAACAUAAUAAAGAUGACAAUAAUGAAGAUUCCAUUAACUUGACAAUUGGAGAAGAUGAUAUUAAAUUAUUUGCUGAUGAGGAAGAUACAAACAUUGAAAAAGAGGACGAAGUGACCGAGAACCAUACCAAAGAAGAAACAUUGAUCAAACAGCGUGAAUCUCGCCAUCCAGUUACUGCUAGUAGCAGUAGAGCAACAACUGGAUUAGUCAAAAGCCGUCGCAGUGCAACUGAGAAGCGAUCAUCUGUUGGGGAUAAACCACGGAGUACCCACAAAGAGGACAAGGACAUCAGCAUUGCAAAACCCAUCAUCAGUGUCAGUGUGCCCAAAGAUGAGAAGAAAGAAGAGGAUAAACAAGUUAAAGAUAAAGUGGAAGCUGGCAAUAAGCAGAGUAAUGACUCAAAGGUUCUGCAAAUAUCAAGUGAGACAUCAAAGAAAAACAAUUCAUCCUUGGUUCGCAACAUUUGGGUCAGUGGUUUGGCAUCAAUUACUAAGGCGACUGAUUUAAAACAACUUUUUUCAAAAUAUGGAAAGGUUGUUGGCGCUAAAGUUGUGACAAAUGCCAAAACUCCUGGUGCUCGUUGUUAUGGGUUUGUUACAUUAUCUUCAGCAGAAGAUGCUAAUCGUAGUAUUGAAAAUUUACAUAAGACUGAACUUCAUGGCCGUGUUAUUAGUGUUGAACGAGCUAAACGUGAUAAUGGCUAUCAAGUCACAGCAAAAAGUUCUAAUGCUUCCAAAGUAAAUGAAAAUUCUGAAACCGAACAAAAUACAAAAAAAACUGAAGAUAAAAAAGAUAAACGAGAAGAAAAAAGGGAAAAGAGACCAGAAAUUACAAUUAAUGAUGUAAAAAAACCAGACUUAUGUACAUUAAAGCGAUCAUUAUCAAAAGAUCAAAACCAAGAAUCAAAACGUUCUAAAAUUGUAAUCGAAAAAGAUGAUCGAAAAAAAGACAGGAGCAUCAAAAGUAAAAGUAAUGAACGUGACCGAGAAAAGCUAAGAGAAUUAGAACGAGAAAGAGAACGCUUAGAAAGAGAAAAAAGAAGGCAGCAGGAAAUUUUAAACUUGACAAAAAUGAAAACUGAACGUGAAAGGCUAAAACAAAAAGAACAAGAGAGAGCGAUAAGAGAAGAAGAACGUAAGAGACGUAUUGAAAAAGAACGUCAAUUAGAAAUUGAAAGAAAACAAAAAGAAGAAGCAAUACGUCUAGAAAAAGAAAGACAAAAACUUCGAAUUGAGCGUGAACGAAUUGAAAAGGAAAAAUCUGAACUAUUGCGUUUAGAGCGUGAAAAUCAACGUUUAGAACGAGAAAGAUUACAAAGAGAAAAGGAAGAGUUACGUAGAGCACAAGAAAAGUUAGAGGAAACAAAACGUCAAGCAAUACUAAAGCGUGCUAUGCCCCCAUCUCCACCACUUCCUAGUAAAAGACAUUCUUCAUCAAAUUCAUCUCGAUAUGAAGAAAGAAAAGAACCAAUUCGUAGUUCUCGUAUCCAGCCUAGUACUGACUAUAUGAACCAAGCACCUCCACCUCCUAACAUAACAUCAUCUAGACAUCGCUAUGAACAGCAUUCUUCAGAAUCCCGUCGUAUGAGGCAAUCACCGCCCCCUCCUCCACCACCUGCAUCAAGACCCAAAGACUCAACGAUGAACAUCAGAUAUGGUGGUGCUCCAUCAGCAACAGAUCAUCAUUACAGAAGUCGGGAUGAUCGGUCAGAUCGAAGAGAAGAAUCUCGUAAGAAAGAUUCAAGCAGUGGUGGUAGUAAUAGACAUGCUCAUGCUCCAUAUGAUUCAAAUAAGACUUCCUAUGGAGGAAUGUCCCGCAGUAGCGAAAGUAAUACCUGGCCAUCAGCCCCUGUAAAGAGUUCUUAUGGCACACUUAGUUCAAGCUCUGGAACUAAUAAUAUGGUAAUGAGUUCGAGACCAGAUCCUUGGUCAAAUAGUAAUAAUAGUCGAGAAAUUGAAACAACUGUGUGGCAACGUCCUCCUCAACCACCACCGGAGAACAGAUGGAACAGCACUUCAAGUAAUCCAUCAUCUAUGUCAAUAAGUGGACGUAGUUCGAGUAGUAACACCUUGUAUGGAAAUAACCAUCAAGUUAUACCAAACAUGGGAUUAAACAUGUCAACAAACUACAGUGAUAGUAGAUUUGACAGUUACAAAAUGAGUGGCAUGUCACGAAAAUAUUAGAAAACUUCAAUCAUCAAAUCGUUAGCAUAUAAUCACUGUACUACACAUUCUGUUGUCCUUUUGCUGUUUUUGCUAAUAUUUCAUGUAUUUUAAUUUUUAACAAUAAUUUUUAUAUAUAUUAUGAUAUUAUUGAUUUCAUUUUUAUUACUUCAACUUAAUUGUUGAACUAAUAGGUAUGCAUUUUUGAUACACGUAGUUGGUGGAUUAUAAAAAUGCAACAAAUAUUAUUUGAAUUUUAGUUGCAUUGUUUUAAUGCAUUUUUAAAAUAGUUAAUUUAUUCAAUUUAUCUUUAUGUAAAAUAUAUUAAUUAUCUUAUUCUUUUAGUUAUUAAAUCAUUGAAAAAAUGUUUGUAAUCAAUGACUUCUUCUUUGUGAACCUUAAAAUAAAUAAGUUACUUCUAUUUUGUACAUUAUAUUAUUAUCUGUAUUGUAAUUAGUAAUUACCUAUAAUAUAAUAACAUUAAGAAUACGUUGAUUUUAUAAUAAAUAUCUUUAAUUAUACAUAAUAUACCAGUUGUCAUAUUAUAAACAUUCUUUUUUUUUAGAAAUCAUUUGAUCUAAAAAAAUGCACUUACAGUCUACUCUACAUUUUUGAUAGCGAUUAUACAAAAUUCUCUUUCCACCACAAUAAUACCUCAUUGAUUUUUAAUAUUUCAACAUUUUUUCUUUCCCCUUGAACUUUAAAAUACCUUAUUCAACUGUAAAUACAUAGUUGAAAUACAGAGUACUUAUAGACAGUAAUUUAAGACCUAUGCAAUUUGAUGAAACAUGACCAACAAUAUGUGUAAAUAUGAUCACAAGUAUUAUGGUCCUUCUAUAAUUUUAUACUUAUAAAAUUUUACUCACAAUUAAAUUAAUGCUUUUCUAUAAAAUAUCUAGUUUCACUUUCAUAUAUUUUACAUUUACAUGACUUAUGAAUAAGGUUGAACACAUGUUUAGGCUCAAAUAAUGAACAAUCAAGCCAAUGAGGUUUGAUAGUAAGAUAUUGUAUAUAAUUUGGCUUUCACACUAUGUAUUUAUUUAAUCAUCAUUAAUAAGUGGGUAAUUUUUGAGUAGUAUUAAAGUAGUGUCUUGUAAAUUAUUAAGUGCUUCCUUACUCAAAUAAUAUUUGUUAAGAGGACGUUCUAACACACUUAAGACAUAGGGAAUUUUCAUUCACUAGUUUUCAAUAGUGUGCUGUUAGUUUUGAUAUUAUCAAACUUUUUGGUAAUUUUGGUAAUUUCAUUAUCUGUGCUUAAGUGUCGGCGAAUUAUAUAGUAUUACAAAUUAAAAAUGAUCACAUCUCGCUUGAAAGUUAAAAUAUUGAAAAAUCGACAACGCUUAAGCACAGAUAAUGUUCUUACCUAAAAUUUUGGUAUAAGGUGAAUGCACUCUAAUAUCAUAACAGCACACUAUUGAAACUAAUGAAUGAAAAUUUGCUUUGUCAUACGUGUGUAUGACGGAGACAAAAAAUGCAUGGGUAGUGUACUCGUAAAAGUAUUUAUUAAAUACGUCAUUAAUAUCUGAUAAAAUAAAUUUGGGCCUAGAUAAGUAUUACAAUUAUUUGUGAUUCCUUCCUCUUAUUAAUUUAUGAGUCAUAAAAAAACCUACAAUCUUAUUUAAAGUUAAGCAUAUUUCCAGGACCACAAAGGUUUAUUUUGACAUUUUAAGCAAACUAAGAUCUAACUGAAAUUGAAUAUUGGUUAUCAAACUUGAGUUAAACAGUAACAUGAUAUACAUUAAUAUGUACAACUAUUAUAAUGUAUUUACUAGAUUCUAGCAUAAAUGUGACGAUAUGUAUUUUGUAAAAAUUUUUUUUUUUUUAUAUUUAUAUUGUAUUAUUUGUAGUUUUUGUGAAAAUAAUUUUGUAUCAAUAAUUUAUUAUUUGAUGCAUUAGCUAUACUUUGGGAAAUUAAUAAUAAAUCAUGUAUACCUAUUUAUAAUAA